AUGAUCGCGCAAUGCACUAAUCAAAGAUUAGAAAUUCAUCGAUCAUCUAAGAGUAAUCGUAGUUCUGUAAAGGACACUGAUUACGGAGAAAUAAUGAUAGUUUUGGGUUGUACAUUUAUAAUGUGCUACAAUCGUGUACCAGCUAUAUCUGACUAUUGGUCCAAAAAAAAGUCGUUACAAAAUCUGGCAAUAAAAGAAGCAAUUUCACGGGACAGAUUUCAAAUAUUGAUGGCAAAAAUGUACUUCGCCCCCGUAGAACAGCCUUCAAAUGCACCAAAAACUUAUUACAUGGAUGAUAUUGUUAAUUGCUGUAAAAAAACUUUCCGAGAAAUGCGGCAAGAUAGCCCAUUCCAGAGUAUAGACGAGAGCAUGACCAAAUUUCUGGGGCGUUCUUCUAUGAAACAGUAUAUGCCAUUAAAACCAAUUAAACGUGGUAUUAAAAUUUGGAUGAGAUGCGAUUCUUUGACUGGCUAUACCUAUGAUUUCAACAUUUAUUCUGGUAAGGAAACCGGAUCUUUACAUGGCACUCUUGGAGAGCGUGUUGUGAAUAAAUUAAUGGAAACUGUUACCGAAACUGAUGUUACUCUAUGUUUUGACCGAUUUUUCACAUCAGUUCAUUUGGUAAAUACUCUCCCUUAUCCAGCCCUUGGAACAUGUAUCGCAAAUCGAAAGGAUCUUCCAAAAAUAACCGCCAAGCUUGAAAGGGGUGAAUAUAUAUUUAAAAGUAAUCAACAUGGUACAAUGGCUGUGAAGUGGCAAGAUACGAAGGAGGUAUUGGUUUUAAGUAAUUGCCAUACCAAUACUGUUGGAACUGUAAAACGUAAAAUGAAAGAUGGUCAAAAGUUAGAUGUGCCUUGUCCAGACAUUAUAAAAUGUUACCGUUAUGUCAUGGGAGGUGUUGACUUGGCAGACAAAAUGGUUGGCGUCUAUGAUUUGGACAGAAAAUCUACAAAAUGGUGGAAAAAAGUUUUUUUUCGGCUAAUAAUGACCUGUGCAGUAAAUGCUUGGAUUGUUUAUUCUGAAAUUCACAGAGAAAAAAAACCAUUUAAAGAUUUUCUUGUUGAUUUGUCUGAACAACUUAUAGCUAAUGGGAGAAAAUCUGCGGCGAUAAAGCGUACUAGAAAAGACGGAAGGAAUUCGAAGCGUGCACGUUUAUUUAACAAUAUUGGUGAUCAUUUACCAAUUCUUGGAACUAUGCGACGUCGUUGUGAAGGCUGCAAAAGAAAGGGAAAAGAAAGUAGAACACGACAAAUGUGUAAGGCUUGUGAUCUAGCUUUUUGCAAAAACUGUUUCACUCCGUGUCACUCAUAA